CAAGAAUUGCCUACGGAAGCCAUUAUCAUGUUUCAAUUUAACGGUGGGAAGAAGGAGAGGGAGACAUGCUUUGUAACUCAUGGGGCAAUAGGUCACUUAGACCCGGCGCAGCCGCCUGUGAAGAGGAAGCCCUAUUCGACGAUUUUGACUGUGCCAAUCGUACAUAAGGUUGAGCUGAUCUUGCCGCAAGAGUUAUAUGAGAGUAUCCAGAGUGAUAUGGACAGUAAAUUCUCAGUGCCUACGUAUUCACGUGUUAUCCUGCCGCUCGCCGAGUUGCUAUGCGGAGAUUUUUUUACAGAGUAUAUUAAGAAGGGCAAUGUCCUCAUGAUCUCCGAAGGAAAACAAGGGGUCAAUGAUGUCUACUCGUUACAAGAUGGCGUUCUGACCUUGGCGCUGGAGAAGGAGAGUUACGAGAGAGCAGGCUUGGCUGGAGAGCCGGAUGGCGCGAAGGGGAAGAGAGGUGCUCGAGCUAGAUGGCUUGUGGAGAUUAACCUACGCCAACCUUCAAUGUUACAUGGGAAGAAAGGUUUUGAUAGGAUAGUCUACGCAUUCAAGAACGUGUUGAACAAACCCGUUACAUGGCUGUUUUGCAAUUUGGAAGGCGAAGCUCCAUCUCCUGAUCCGUUGGCCAAACAUUUUCCUGUCAAGAUCAGCUGCCCGCCAAGUAUAACUCGUGGCCCAAUAGUUAACAUGCCAAAUAUCAAGCCGCCAACUAGCUUGGACGAAGGAGACGACUUUGGCGAGUUCGCAGCUGAUUUAUAUGAAUGGCUGUCUCUCAUCUCCUUGGAAAGCCCCCGGGUAGAUGUGAACGACCAGAUAGACCCUUUUCUAUCACGAUACACAUCACCUCCAUCUGAUAAGCCUGAAAGGGAGAAUCAGGCCCUGGUGAAAAUCACCUGGAAAGGCUUCAUGUCUUCAUCUUGGGCACAUAAAACUUUCGUGUCAGCCGUGCUUGCAGCAGCGACAAAGUCCUGGUUCUCCUUCUCCUUGUCUGGAUUCCCAAACAGCUUGCCAGCCACCUCCAGAGAUUGUACCAUAUCGAAGAUACCAGGACCCUCAUCAGAAUUUAUGCUCUGGGAGGUCGAGCACAAUUGAACAUAUCUCUUCAAUCCGUACGUUGACGUACGUCCCUAUCCGCCGGGUUCACUUGGCCUCUAAACGCCUCGGUGACGAGUGCUCUUAAUUCCGCCUGGCCAGCUUCGUCUUGGAAAUCUUCUCUUGCAGCCAACUCUUCGAUCUUUCUCCUGAAUUCUUGGUCAACCUCGUUUUCACCGAUAUCUUCUGGUGCCAUGGUGCCCAUGUCAAUCGAGAUUCCUGCUGGCAACGGAGGAGCCUGUCCGAUCACUGGCGCCAAAGGUGCAUCGGUGCUGCUGCCAUUCGCUUGUGUAGUGCUACCUCCAUCUGAGAAAGAUGCGAGAUAUGCAACAACUUCGGGGAAGUCAUCGUCGGCCUGAAUCGAUUGCGCAGCUGUUCUUCCUUCGUCGCCUGUGAUCUUUGGAUCGGCACCAAACUCUUCAACAAGGGCCCGAGCAGCCUCAACAGUCUCGGCAACAAAUAAAGCCGUCUCAUUAUCCUCAUCUCUAAUAUCAACAUUGACUUUGAACUCGUUGACCAGUGUUCGUAGGAGGUCUAGGUGGUUGUAGGACACCGCGGCGUGAAUCAGAGAGUACCCAUGGUCAUCUUGGGAUGAUGCAAGGCUGGGAUUGGCGCGUAGGAGCGGCAGGAGCUCGGGCGAAUUAUCAGCGGCAAGAAGGAAUGGGUUAGACAUCGUGAAUAGUUUAAUGACAAUGUCGUGCUGCUUUUCUAAAAUUUGGUUUUCGCGAGGUUGGUGUUGGACGGUGACUGUUG